GGUGCAGGCAAAGCACCCGACGUCGACAGCCAGCGCGCGUGCACCCCACCAUGGCGCGCCCGCGGAACCUGCGACCUUUGCCGCCUGUGCUCCUGCUCCUGCUGCCGCUGCUGUUGCUCCGAGCUGGGGACCACCUCCCCACAGAAGGCCGACUCACAAACAGCUGUAUCCAGGCCAGGAGGAAGUGCCAGGCCAAUCCCACUUGCAAUGCUACCUACCACUACCUGAAUUCCUGUGCCUCGAGUAUAAGCACCUCAUCACCUGCAGAGGAGCCUUUGGUCCCUGAGGACUGCAUGGAGGCAGCACAGCAACUCAGGAAUAGCUCUCUGAUGAGCUGUACAUGCCAUCGGCGCAUGAAGAACCAAGCUACCUGCCUGGACAUCUACUGGACCAUUCAUCCUGCCCGCAGCCUUGGUGACUAUGAGCUGGAUGUCUCUCCCUAUGAAGACACAGUGACUAGAAAACCCUGGAAAAUGAAUCUCAGCAAACUGAACAUGCUCAUACCAGACUCGGACCUCUGCCUCAAGUUCGCCAUGCUGUGCACUCUUAAUGAUAAGUGUGACCGGCUGCGCAAGGCGUACGGGGAGGCGUGCUCUGGGUCCCGCUGCCAGCGCCACACUUGCCAAAGGCAGCUGCGCGCCUUCUUCGAGAAGGCCUCAGAGCCUCACUCGCAGGGCCUGCUGCUGUGCCCGUGCGCGCCCACCGACCAGGGCUGCGGGCAGCGGCGGCGCAACACCAUCGCCCCCAGCUGCGCGCUGCCUUCGGAGGCCCCCAACUGCCUGGAGCUUCGACACGUCUGCGUGUCCGACCCGCUGUGCAGAUCUCGUCUGGCAGAUUUUCAGACCCACUGCCAUCCCAUGGACAUCCUAGGGACCUGUGCAACAGAGCAGUCCAGAUGUCUGCGAGCGUACAUGGGGCUGAUUGGGACUGCCCUGACUCCCAAUUUUGUCAGCAAUAUCAAUGCCAGUGUUGCCUUAAGCUGCACCUGCCGAGGCAGUGGCAAUCUGCAAGAGGAGUGUGAGCGGCUGGAAGAGUCCUUCUCCCACAACCCCUGCCUCAUGGAGGCCAUUUCAGCUAAGAUGCGUUUUCACAGCCAACUCUUCUCCCGGGACUGGGCAGCCUCUACCUUUUCGGUGAUGGAACGCCAGAACAAAAACCCUGCUCUGAGGCCACAGCCUUGGGUGCCCACUCUUUUCUCCUGUACUCUUGCCUUGAUUCUGCUCUCGAGCCUCUGGUAGCUGGACUUCCUCAGGGGCCUUCUUCCCCUCUGCCACACCAGCUGACCUGCUGCCUGCAGUGGGUGAGGAAGGAACAGCAUCGGGAAGGAGGUUCAGUCUACCACGUGGCAACCCUGACCUAUGUCCAGUCAACUCCGGAUGAGGUCAUGGUAGAAGCUGACUAGCCUCGUUCUCAUGCCCUUCACUUCUUUUUUUGUUGUUGUUGUUGUUUGGCCGUACCACACGGCUUGUGGGAUUUUAGUUCCCUGACCAGGGAUUGAACCUAGACCCUCCCAGUGAGUACUCAGAGUCCUAACCACUGGACUGCCAGGGUCAUUCCCUUCACUUCUUCUUGGGCUGCCCCUUCUUAGGACUUCAGCGUAUCACCUGGUGGUAUCCAGCUCUCCCAGGCUCUCUCCUUAUUUCUUUUUCCUGCCCACCCAGGGUCACUCAGGCUCUUAACAAAUCAGUCACACUCUGCUGCAUUCUCCAGGUAGGCAGAGUUGGGUGUUCUGAAGUGACCUGGAAAGACAUUCCUCAUGGUGAGGAAAGCUGGAGGAAGACUCCUGUCUAUCCCGAGUUUUCUCCUCUGAGCGGGGGAUGGGAACCUACUGCCAGCCCUGCCCCAGGAUCCUACACAACACUUGCGCUUCAGGAGCUGGAGCAUUUGGGCCUUGCUUUCUUCCUGCUACUGUCCUAGAGUCCCCUUAGCCUCUUGGAUUAUGAUUAAACAUUUUGACUUAAAA